AUGGCCUCCUCCGACCGCGUCGCCGAGGUCGAGAAUGUCCGUGAAAGCUAUCCGGAGCUCAAACCCACCCUUGGUCGACCCAUUGUCCCCGCCCGCACCCUCGCCAGCGACUACCCGCUAAUCGACUCCGACCCCCACUUCCGCCGCGUCCUCUCCUACGCCCGCCCCUCCGACUACCUCUCCGGCACCAUCUUCGCCGCCUUCCCGCCCACCGCCAUGCUCCUCAUGGAACGGAUCUCGCCCUCCGAAGUCGGCCGUGGCGGUUUCAGUUCCAUAAUGCGACUCACCACGGGUAUAGGCCUCGUCAGCGGCUUCUACCUCCUCUUCUCACGCUCGCAGAACCGACUCUAUGGUUUCUCCGAAAACCGGCGGGAAAUCGAGAUGGACAUGCGGGAGAUGACUGAUAGAGUGAAGAAGGGUCAGCCGCUUUAUGGGGAGAGUACGAUGACGGAGUAUAUGCAGGGUGUGGCGUCAAGACAGAGCAGGUAUUCCGGCGUGUUUCUGCAUGUGAUGCCUUGGUUUAAUUUCGUCAAUCAUGGGCAGCAUGGCGUGGAUACGGCCAAGUAUUAUCGGAAUGCGGAGAGGGAGUUGGAGGCGGAGAGGGUGGCGGGCGGUGGGUCGUAG